AUUUGAUUUUUCUAGAUAAAAGCGGUUUUGUUUGUUUGCGGCUUCAGUAGCGUUAUUUACGUAUUUUUAUCGUUUUGAGUUAAAAGUUGAUUUGACCCAAUAAAAAUUUAAAAGCCGCCUUGUUAAAACUAAAUAAUUUGUUUCCAGUCGCUUCUAGUUUCGAAGAAAAAUAAAUCAUAACAAUGUCAUCUGUAGACAACAUCCAGUACUCCAGCAAGUACAGGGAUACAAAAUAUGAAUACAGGCAUGUAAUUUUGCCUCCAGAUUUAGCAAAACUUGUGCCAAGAUCCCAUUUGAUGUCGGAGACUGAAUGGAGAAAUUUGGGGGUACAGCAGAGUCCGAACUGGAUACAUUAUAUGCUUCACUCUCCUGAACCUCAUGUUCUGCUAUUCAGGAGGCCCUUAAAUGAAGUAGAUGAUGACUUUGAUGACCUCACAAGGUAAACAGUUAGCUAAUAAAAAUGGGGCUGUCCCUGUGAUACAGAAAUAUACCAUCCAGUAUAUUUCUUAAAACCAUGUACCUUUUAUCUGUAUUUUUUUUAUUUUAUAAGUUUUUGUCAUGUGAAUGAAACAGUAAAUUGGAAUCUCAACGGAAAUUUGUUUUAACUUCUGAAAGUUAAAUUUGUUUUAACAUAAGUUUCAUUGAGGUAAUUUUGUAAUAACUGGUUUGAGAUCCCAGCACUGUUAUUUAAUGUUAACUUUGCGUUCAAGUUGAGUUUUAUAUUUUGUUAUAUUUUCUGAGAGUUAACAUUACCUAAAUGUUUAUGUUUUUGAAUAUUUUGUUUUAAGUUUUUGCAGCUUUAAAUAUCUUACCCUAAGAUGAAUGUAUGUUUCUGUGAGAAAUUUUUACUAGUAUUAAUGGGUUUAAGAUAUUAUUCUUGUUAAACAACAUUUUCUAGUUAUUAGUUGUUUGACUUGAAUAUAUGCAUGUAUAUUCAUAUAUUUUUGUUAUAAUAAAAACUAAUCUUUU